AUGGCUGCCACCUUGACCAAGUUCUACACCAACCUGAACACGACGUCGAGCGAGACGCAAUGGAAGAAGAACUACCAAUGGUUGUCGAAGAAUGACCACAUAGCCGGCAUGGUGUCGACCACGGGAACAACGAAGCAGAGAAGUUGGCGAUGCCUUGGCGCUGGCACCACCCUCUCCCACGACACAGAAGAGAUGCUCCUUCGUUGGGUGCACGACAUGCGCAAAAACGGGGUCCCAGUCACGCAUGCAAUGCUUCAGCUCAUGACACUCGAAGCCGCCGUCGACGAGGGAUUCAGUGAAGGCGAGUUCAAGGCGGGAUGGCACUAG